GCAUCGACACUUCUCGGACAAUCAGUGUGAAUGUGUACGGAUGAACGAGCGAAUGAUCUAAAAUUUUGAGUUGAAAAUUUGUUUCAAUUACUCAAUGGCAACGAUCUACGGACGAAAGCCGAGUUACCUGGAGCCAGUGGACGAAGUGGACGAGAAUUCCAGUGACAAUGAGGAGGAGACAAAGAAAACUGUCGAAUCAGAGGAGGAGAUUUACGACUGGGAUCUCUUCAGGCACUAUCCACCAAUAUCGAAAACCGGCUCCAAUGCCGACAUGAGCUUCUACGAGGCAGCUCUCAAAACACUCAAAGCCCUGACAUACUUAAUUUUAUUUACACUCGUACUGGCUGGAGGAGUAUUUGCCAAAGCCUCUAUUCUCCUAGCAGCAGCUCAAGUCGAACGAAAAACGCCACUCAACUAUUGCGAUUAUCAGAGGGCAAAGGGAUCGUUAUCUGAUAAACAAACAGUCACUCUGUGUGAUAACGGCCGGAUUUACUGGUACUGGUGCGUGGUACUCGCGUUUUUUCUACCGGAAGUCAUUACACUCCUCAGGGCUAGUCAUCAUCUCUUAUUCAAGAGGAAGAAAUUACCUUUCUUCUUCGACGCUGUCUUCGUCUGCACGGUGGAGACCUUCCACGCGGUGGCGAUUUCUCUGCUAUUCCUGGUCGUUCUUCCGGAGAUGAAUUCGUUGUUGGCAGCUGCUGUCACCAGCUGCACGUGCAUCAUUCCUGCUGUUCUCGGUCUCCUAUCGAGGACGAGAGUUCCGGGCAGCACAGGUCGUUCUUUCGCUCUGAUGAUGAUCGGCGAUGUGAUCGCGGUAAUCGCGCAAGCCAGUGGAAUUUUUCUACUUCCGGUCUCGAGAAGCACCGGCGAGACUGCCAGGUGGAUCUUGCCUGGGGUCUUGAUCUUCGCUUCCUGCAGAUGGUGGUCGAAUUUCGUAUCCCCGAAGAGUGGACUCGGAGUCAUUAAAAUCCUCUCGCGGAUGAAGGAUCGUCUGGAGCAAUCUCGAGGUGUUGUCCAAGGCAUGACCGCUCUCUGCAGGAUAUCCGCGUUCCUCGGCACCUGCGUAGCUGUCAUUUACGUUAAAGGGAUUGACGUAGAGAAAUUUUUCCACACAUUUCCAGGAACGGGGAGGUACCUCAUCAAUAUAUCCCGCAGGUCAAAUUCGAUAGUCUCAGGAGUUCCUUCUGAAGAAGCAGAAUAUGUCUACGUUAGUUCAUUUGUACCUCUCGUUGUACUUUUUAUUCACGUGGUGGCAUCCUUCAUGGCGUAUUUCGCAGGCAAGUGCGCAAGUCAAGUAUUGAUGCAGAAAUUCGGUUUAGCCACUCCUGUCUCCCUCACAGUCCCAUCUACAAUAGUCUUCAUCUUCGUCCUGUCAGUAUUCCGAGAAGAUGACGUGUGUUCAUUGCACGAUAUUCUCCCAGACUACAUAUUUUUCUCGGUGCCGUCCAUCGAUUCAACACCGGAGAUGUUUUACCAGUGGGAGCAGUGGUUGUGGAUCCCGUGGUUGCUGUCCCAGGCCUGGGUGACGAUGCACAUCUGGACGCCUCACUGCGAGAGACUAGCCACCACCAAUCGAUUGUUCACUGUUUCCUACGAUUCUCUGAUGAUCGAUCAGUCCCUCAUGCUGAGUAGGAGAAGGGACGAGCCCCAGGAGCCCCAAGACACCAAGGAACAUCCCACCACGAAGCUCUACGUCUGUGCAACAAUGUGGCACGAGCAAGAGGACGAGAUGAUGAAUUUCAUAAACAGCGUUAUUAAACUCGAUCUGUACAGAUCGUCGAACAAGUUCACUCAGACUAGAUACAAGGUACAGAUGGAUGACUACUACGAACUGGAGAGUCACGUCUUCUUCGAUGAUGCGUUUCAGUGCAUGCACGGUUGUGAUCCCACCAAGCCCUGCGCUCACAACGAAAAUGAAACGCAAAUCAACUCCUACGUGAAGAUCUUCAUAAAGGCGAUGGAGAAGUCUGUCACGAAUAUUGGAUACCUUGCCCUGCCUCCCAUGAAGUACCCGACGAAUUACGGGGGACGUCUCGAGUGGAAACUCCCAGGGAAGACGACUUUGACUGUUCACCUGAAGGACAAGAACAAGAUUCGACACAGAAAACGAUGGAGUCAGGUAAUGUACAUGUACUAUCUCCUCGGGUAUUGCUUGAUGGACCGUCCAACGUACACCGUCCAGGAGAAGGUCGCAAUGUCGGAGAACACUUUUCUUCUGACUCUAGAUGGUGAUAUAGACUUCGACCCGAGCGCCGUAAUCGUUCUUCUCCACCUGAUGGAGCGAGAUAAAGAGCUGGGGGCAGCCUGCGGGAGGAUUCACCCGAUGGGCUCCGGUCCCAUGGUGUGGUAUCAGAGGUUCGAGUACGCCAUAGGCCAUUGGCUACAGAAAUCCACUGAACACGUCAUUGGCAGUGUUCUCUGCAGUCCCGGGGCAUUCUCUCUCUUUCGAGCGAAAACUCUGAUGGAGGAUAACGUAAUGCGUAAGUACGCCACUACGUCGAGCGAGGCCAGACACUACGUGCAGUACGAUCAGGGAGAAGAUCGUUGGCUCUGCACCCUGAUUCUCCAGGCUGGGGGCAAGGUCGAGUACUGCGCGGCUUCCGACUCGUACACCCAUGCACCUGAAACCUUCGAUGAAUUCUUCAAACAGAGGAGAAGAUGGAUUCCUUCGACCAUCGCUAAUAUCCUAGAUCUCUUGAGCACCUCCAAGGAGACCCGGAGGGUCAAUAACAACAUCUCUUUGUUGUACAUAAUCUACGAGUGGAUCCUCAUGGGAUCGACAGUCCUUGGCCCCGGGACCAUAUUCCUCAUGCUCGUCGGGGCCUUCGUCGCCGCUUUCAGAAUCGACAAUUGGUCCAGUUUUGCAUACAAUCUCAUACCCAUCGUCAUCUUCGUUGUCGUUUGUUUCUUCUGCAAAGAGCAGGCCCAGCUCUUCGUCGCAGCUGUCAUAUCCGCGAUUUACGGGCUCAUGAUGGUGGUUGUUCUCGUUGGGAUCAUGAUUCAGAUCACUGAGGAUGGCUGGGUUGCACCUACGACCAUCCUCUUCUUCGUGGUCGCCUCUCAGCUGGUCGUUGCUGGUCUGCUGCAUCCCCAGGAGGUGUUUUGUCUCGUCUGCGGUAUUAUCUACUAUAUCACAGUGCCGUCUAUGUACAUGUUGCUUAUUAUUUAUUCAUUAUUUAACUUGAAUAAUGUGACCUGGGGGACGAGGGAGUCAAAACCCCUCGUUAAGGAACAAAAUGUAGGAGAGAGUGAUGAAAAAAAGCCACAGAAGGACUCGGAGGAAGAGGCCAAGGACAAGGGGGCGAUUGAUUUCUCGUUUGCAGGAUUAUUCAGGUGUAUUCUCUGCACUCAUAACGAGGAGUCGCCUUUGGAGAAGAAGUUGGACGCCAUCACCGCGUCCUUGACCGGCAUUGGACAGCGCCUGGAUAUGUUGGAGGGGGGAGCACUCUGUUUAUCCGAUACGGCACACGAUGACAAGAUGGAGGAUGAACAGAAAAUGGUGGAUUACGAAAAAGUAGACGAGCCUGAGGUCAUUAUGGUGGGUCAUUCACACCCUGAAGAGGAGGUUGUGGCGGACAAUUCGGGAGCACUCCUGGUGGCACCUUAUUGGAUUCGAGAUAAAGAACUUAGUAAGGGGGGAGUAGAAUUUUUGUCGAGGAAAGAGGAAAUGUUCUGGGAGAGGCUCAUCAAAAAAUACCUUUUUCCGAUUGAUGAGGACGAAGAGCAGCAGGCGAAGACUGCCGCAACGCUCAAGAGCCUUCGAGAUGAAUAUCUCUUCAAGUUCUUCAUGAUUAAUGGGCUGUUCGUGUUGAUUGUCUUUCUCAUGCAGUUGAAGAAAGAUAUUUUGCACCUGGAGUGGCCGCUGGGGAAGACGUACAAUGUAUCGUUCAACAGUGCCUCGGAGACUGUGGAUCUGCAUAAGAAUUAUCUGGAGUUGGAGCCCAUCGGGUGUCUAUUUAUUUUAGCUUUUGUGGGUAUUCUCGGGAUUCAGUUUAUGGCGAUGCUGGUCCAUCGGUUCAACACUUUCUGUCAUGUGCUCGCUAAUACGUCACUGAAUUGGAAGCAGUGCUGUCGGGAUGAUGAGUCCGAUGAACUUCCCCUGAAGAGUCAAGCCCAUGAAUUCGCCAAGGGCCUUCAACGACUAGCCAUGAACAACGCACAGCCAGUGACUCCUGCAACAGAUCCUCAGCCAACUCAGCCCAGAAAACGGAAUACUGUCCACGCCCUCAUCUCCAAGGAGAACAAAACAAGACUGGCAACCGAUUUUGAAACAGUAUUCCGGCAGAAUAUGCGGGAACCCUCGGCCAAUCCCAAGCUUACCUCGAUGGGCAUUUCGCAGACCGUCCUAAAGGCUUUUGAGCGUCGGAGAACAACCGUCGUCCAACGGAAAUCGCAGUUCAAACGCGCCAACUCCAUCAGUCAAGAAGCCCAAGGGGCAACAGGUGAGAAUCACUACAAUGCGAUACCCUCCAGUCAUUCUCACACCUACGACAAUCCGGCGUUCAUCGACGAUGAGGAGGCGACAUUAAAUCGUCGGAAUCCCUAGGUUACGGGAGCUGAAAACGAAUGACGUAGGGGAGGUAAACGCUAAAAUUGCUACAUUGUUCUUUUUUCGGUGGAACUACUCUGUGAGAUGAAAAAUAAUUAUUUGGGCUCAAUGUUAAUUUAUUUGGGAGGAAAUAUUGACGUUGCAAAAAGAAGAGGUCAAUUUUAUCCUCACCUUCCCCAAAUUUUGGUUUGAUAAUAAUCAUUCAUGUACUUUAUUGUAAUAUCAAUUAUAUACAAAUUUAAAAUUG